AUGCCUCAAGGCAAGGCAAGAACGGUAUGCGCGGACGUGAAACCAGUUUUGCGGGAAGUGUUCCGUGAGAGGGAUCAGUUUCCACCCAUCCCGGAGAAGAGCAGUGCUACUGAUGAUGAGAAACAAUGGCUGGAAAAAUACAAUUCGGAAUGCGAAAAGAUCUGGCACCACGAAGGCGAUUUGAGACAAAAAUUUGCGAAGAGAAUAUCUAAGAAUCAUGACCCAAACUUGUACAAACUUUACGGGCCUGAGGGCAAGCAAGAUGAAGAGCGGGAUGGCUUGAUUGUGAGAAAAGAUCUCAUGCCAAGUAUUCUGCACAGUGCAACAGGUAACAAGAGCCUUUGGGUCCAAAAUAUUCUGAACAAAAGUUCUUGCGACGUCAUCCAGAAGGAUAAACCAGUGGACACAAGAAUGCAUCAGCCUCUUACAACUAUCGGUCUUGACGAGUGUUCCAGGCAGACUUACAGGUUUGAAAUUAACAUAAAUAUUCAGAUAUCCUCCUAA